AUGGAAAAUCCACGAAGAGGCGCUGUUAGUCGCUUUACACAUCGUGAGUACGCUGACAUGUACUUGAUUUACGGCGAAACCAGGAAAGUUUCUACUCGAGGCAUAGUCUCAUUAAACGCAAGGUUGGCUGCAAGAUUGUACGCGGAACGGUAUCCAGACCGUAGACAUCCGACGUAUGAGGUGAUUGAACGAUUGGAUUCUGCCUAUAGGGAGGGCAGAAUACCUGGAACUCGAGGUUCUCAAUCUGGGAGUCCGCGAACAAUCGAGGAUGACGUCGUGCUACAGGAUUGCGAAGAGGAUCCUCGACUUCGGUUCGUAUGA